AGUAUACCCAAAAAAAGGAAAAGCAAAUGACAAAUUUUAUUUUAUUUUGUUAUUUUAACCUAUUCUUACUCCCAGAAACAAGUUAAAAUUUAUUAUUUUACUGUACUGAGUAUAUACAUAAUUAGAAAAUGUCUACAAAAAUGGCUCAGAAGACAUGGGAGAUGAGUAAUAGCGUGGAAAACGUGGGGACAGUUGAUGAAAUUUAUCGUUACGAUAAAAAACAGCAGCAAGACAUUUUGACAGCAAAACCAUGGGAAAAAGACCCCCACUACUUCAAGAAUAUAAAGAUCAGUGCCCUUGCUCUAUUGAAAAUGGUGAUGCAUGCCCGGAGUGGUGGUAACCUUGAGGUCAUGGGGCUAUUGUUGGGCAAGGUAGAUGGAAACCAGAUGAUUGUCAUGGAUAGUUUUGCUCUCCCAGUAGAAGGCACAGAGACUAGGGUCAAUGCCCAAGCACAAGCUUAUGAAUAUAUGGCAGCUUAUACAGAGUCGGCGAAGCAGGUGGGUCGCCUAGAGAAUGCUAUUGGAUGGUACCACAGUCACCCUGGUUACGGAUGUUGGCUAUCAGGUAUAGAUGUCAGCACACAGAUGCUUAACCAGCAGUUCCAGGAACCAUUUGUCGCAAUUGUUGUUGAUCCUAUCAGAACAAUAUCUGCAGGCAAAGUGAAUCUUGGCGCAUUCAGAACUUAUCCUAAGGGUUACAAAGCUCCAGAUGAGUCACAAUCUGAGUAUCAAUCCAUUCCCCUCAACAAAAUAGAAGACUUUGGUGUACAUUGUAAACAAUAUUACCCACUAGAUGUGUCAUAUUUCAAGUCUGGUCUAGACCGGAGACUAUUGGAGUCCCUAUGGAACAAGUACUGGGUCAACACACUCAGUUCAUCUAGCCUGAUAACAAAUGCUGACUAUACCACUGGGCAGAUAUUUGACUUGGCAGACAAGCUAGAACAGAGUGAAGGGCAGUUGGGUAGAGGAGGAUUCAUGCUUGGAAUGGAAGAUAAAAAAUCUGAAGAUAAAUUAGAUAAAGCAACAAAAGAUGGUUGUAAGACAACAAUGGAAGCAAUCCAUGGACUUAUGUCACAGAUUAUCAAAGAUAAACUAUUCAAUCAAGUGGUAUUAUUUUUUACAAUAUUAUUUGGAAAAGGUGUUCAAAUUAGGAUGACUGGAACAAGUUACGGGAAAACCCAGAAUUUUAUUCUGAAGAUGACGCCAGAAAAGCAAGACACUCUGUUGAAAAUGGUGAUCCUGGCCAUUGCAGGAAUUUUAUCAUUCUCCUCUAGACUGUUCUCUGUGCUGAGAUUCGAAAGUGUUAUUCACGAGUUUGAUCCAUACUUCAAUUACCGAACUACCCAGUUUCUCACCUCUAAGGGAUUCUACUCAUUCCACAAUUGGUUUGAUGACAGAGCUUGGUACCCCCUGGGUCGUAUUAUUGGUGGAACAAUAUAUCCAGGUUUGAUGGUGACAUCCGCUGCCUUCUACCAUGUCAUGCAUUUCUUGAACAUCACUAUUGAUAUUCGUAAUGUCUGCGUGUUUUUGGCACCCAUCUUCUCCAGUCUCACAGCCCUCAUCACAUUUGUCCUCACUAAGGAGAUCAGGGAUGUUGGCUCAGGUUUGGUUGCAGCUUCUAUGAUUGCCAUUGUGCCUGGAUACAUCUCACGUUCUGUAGCUGGCUCUUACGAUAAUGAGGGUAUCGCCAUCUUCUGCAUGUUGUUCACCUAUGCAAUGUGGAUAAAAUCUGUCAAAACUGGAUCUCUCUUCUGGGCAGUUAUCUGUUCAUUGGCCUACUUUUACAUGGUGAGCUCAUGGGGAGGCUACGUUUUCCUGAUUAAUCUCAUCCCUAUGCAUGUGUUGGCAUUGAUGGCCACUGGCAGGUUCUCACAUAGAAUCUAUGUCGCAUAUUGCACAGUUUAUAGCAUUGGAACUCUAUUGUCCAUGCAGAUCUCUUUUGUCGGCUUUCAACCCAUCCAAUCCAGUGAACACAUGGCUGCCCUGGGAGUGUUUGGUCUGUGCCAAAUCCAUGCCUUUGUAGACUAUGUACGCUCCAAGCUGACUAGGGAACAGUUCGAUACCCUGUUCCGAGCUAUCACUCUCCUCGUAGGGAUCAUCUUUACAGCUAUUGGCGCUAUCCUUACAGCUAGCGGCAAGGUUGCACCUUGGACUGGACGUUUCUACUCUCUGUUGGACCCCUCAUAUGCCAAGAACAACAUCCCAAUCAUUGCCUCUGUUUCUGAGCAUCAGCCUACAACUUGGAGCUCCUUCUACUUUGAUCUGCAAUUCCUCGUAUUCCUUUUCCCAGCUGGUCUGUACUUUUGCUUCACCAAACUGACUGAUGCCAACAUCUUCAUCAUUCUCUAUGGAGCUACCAGUAUCUACUUUGCCGGUGUAAUGGUACGUCUUAUGUUGGUGUUGGCCCCUGUUAUGUGUAUCCUGUCUGGUAUUGCCGUCUCAGCCACUCUAUCAACAUAUAUGAAGAACUUGGAUGCCUCAAAGAAAGCAACAAAGAAAUCAUCUAAAGUACAGAGAGGCGAUCAGAACUACCCUGUCAAAAAUGAGGUUGCCACUGGUGUUGUGUUCAUGGUGACAGCAUUCCUGAUCAUGUACUCCUUCCACUGUACCUGGGUAACAUCCGAAGCUUACUCUAGUCCAUCUAUUGUGUUGUCUGCCCGUGGUGGAGAUGGCGGAAGAAUCAUCUUUGACGACUUCAGGGAGGCAUACUAUUGGUUGAGACAUAACACUCCAGAGGAUGCUAAGGUGAUGUCUUGGUGGGAUUACGGUUAUCAGAUCACAGCUAUGGCCAAUAGAACUAUUCUAGUGGACAAUAACACAUGGAACAAUACACAUAUAUCCAGAGUUGGACAGGCUAUGGCAUCUACAGAAGAUAAAGCAUAUGAAAUAAUGCGAGAAUUAGAUGUAGACUAUGUCCUUGUUAUAUUUGGAGGUCUAACAGGAUAUUCAUCUGAUGAUAUCAACAAGUUCCUGUGGAUGGUGCGUAUUGGAGGCUCCACAGACAGAGGGUCACACAUCAAGGAGAGUGACUACUACACACCACAGGGAGAGUUCAGAAUUGACAAAGAUGGCUCAAAAACCCUACUCAAUUGCCUCAUGUACAAGAUGUGUUAUUACAGAUUCGGAGCUGUAUACACUGAACAAGGCAAGCCAACAGGUUAUGACAGGGUCCGUAAUGCAGAAAUUGGCUACAAAGAUUUUGAAUUGGAUGUUUUGGAAGAAGCCUAUACAACAGAGCAUUGGCUUGUCCGCAUUUACAAAGUCAAAGAUUUAGUCAACCGAGGAAAUUAACACAAGAUAAAAAUAUAAAAAAAUAUUUACACUACAUUUUAAGUUCAAAGAGACACAUUCUUCAUUCUAGUACAAUAUAUAGAAACAUAAUUCACGAUUUUCAUUCCAUAUUUUCAAGUGUACAUGUAGACAUUGUUUUAUACAACUACUUAUGCGCAUUGAUAUAUUUUAUAUAACUCAUAUCAUCUAUUUUGAGUUCAUUAUGUGAAUGAAAAUACGAAUGGCAAAUGUUUAAAAUAAAAAAUCAUGCUAUAGAACUGCCAGAAUAAGGAAAAUGCCAAAUUCAAAGAUAUUCCAGAGUUAUCCUUGAGACAUUCAAAGUACAGGUUAGAAGUGACUACUAUAGUAUUGCAUAAUCUGUAGUCUCAUUACCCUUUUAAGAGGUGAUGGUAUUUUUGUAAUACGAGAUAUUAGAGGUGGUUUCAUAACCUGAUUUAUUGUGUGCAUUGGAAUCAUGACAUAAUCCAUUAUAGUGUGUUAUUUGUUAACUCAUCUUCUCAACAAGUGAAUAAAUAAAUACAUGAUAAUAAAUUAUAAAUAA